AUGGCACCUCGAAAUGAGAAGAGUUCUCUCAAGCGGAACAGAAUCAGCACCGACGAAGAUUCGCAGGAUUUGAAAAAGCUGCGACGGUCACAGAGAUUGUCUCAGAGUCAAUCCCCCAAAACUCCGGUCAAUCAGUCCUAUCUACCUACCCCGUUAACCGAGCAGAACUCAACUGCAACCGACAUCAGAAAAGAAGUAACAGCGACUCCCCCGAAUAUCUCCAACCAGGUGCAUCCACAAACCCCAUCACGUUCAGAGCAGCCUCAGUCAUGCUCAUCCCCCCCGGGCGAUACCCAAGCUCUUUCCCAAUUCGUGUACCCUCCCAGGGCGUUUGCAGACGAGGUCGAGGAUGAAGCUGCCGAAGGGGUCUGGGGCUAUCUUAUACCUCUCGAUGACAAGUUUCAAGACGCGCUCGUCCUGAGAAAACGGGACGGCUGCGAACGCAGAAACGUAACGCCCGGAACUAAAGCCGAGGGGAAGCCUCAGGCUCAAGGCGGGAAACCCACAAAACAAACGCAUUCGCCGGGGGGUUACUUGGUCGGCCGUCAUCCCGAGUGCGAUCUGGUCAUCAACAAACCUACCAUAUCCAACCGACAUUUUCUGCUAUUUUCCGAAAACAAGAAAGGUGAUUUCGUCGCCAUCAUAGAAGAUUUGUCUAGCAAUGGAACAUUCGUCAACGACGCAAUCGUCGGGCGCAAUAAGCAUCGUGAGCUCGAGGAUGGCGACGAGGUCACAAUCUUAGACGAAGCGCGUUUUGUGUUUCGGUACCCUCGGACACGGGAUACCCACGGUUUCCGUCAGCAAUACAGAAUCCUCCAACAGCUUGGUAAAGGGCAUUUUGCGACCGUCUAUCUCUGCGUAGAGCGGGCGACCGGAACUAGAUAUGCCGUGAAGCUAUUCGAAAAACGCCCUGGUGACUCUCAAAAGUCGCAGGCGGACCCCUUGCACCAAGAAAUAGGCCUUUUAAUGGGCGUCAACCACCCUAAUCUACUUUGUCUUAAGGAUACCUUUGACGAAAGUGAUGGCGUGUACCUUGUUCUGGAGCUUGCCCCAGAAGGUGAAUUGUUCAAUCUCAUAGUCAGCAAACAAAAGUUCUCGGAAAAGGAGACGCGACACAUAUUUCUCCAGCUGUUUGAAGGACUGAAAUACUUGGUAAGCAGCAUUCUUCUCGUUCUUUACUUGGACACAAUGAAGCUAAGGACAGGCUACAUAGCAUGA